AUGAUUGUGGAAAUCAAGAAUGAAAGGUUUACUAUGCUUUUAGGGAAAACAAAUGAUCUUCUUGUGCAUUUAGGAGUUGCUGUUAGGCAUCAAAAAGAUGCUGAACAUGAUGGAAUUGAACCUAUGAAUGCUCCAGAAACUGAAUUGCCUAAAUCGUCAUCGGCUUUAAAGAUUGGAACUCCUAAUGAAUCACAGCUUGAUGUGGACGUCGAUUUAAUUGAGGCGAAACUUGAUAAUGGAGUGAAGACCUCUGACUUACUUGAAGGACAACGACAAUAUAAUUUAGUCAUCCAUUCAAUUCAGGAGAAGGUAAUGUUUUUCUCCCACCCAAAAAUGCUCUUCAUCCUCAUCUUUGUAAAAGACAUGAAAACCCUCUUUAUCCUAAUCAUUGAAAAUAACCCAUGUAAUAGACACAAUCUUAAAGUCAUUGAGUUGUGGCUACUUAGGGGAUGUUUGGAUUGUGGGAAUUUCGAAGGAGCCCAAUGGAAUUGGAAUUCGUGA